AUUGGACCUGCACAAAUACAUGCUUAAGGACGGGAAACACAGUUGAUCUGCCCGUUUUUGUGUUCAACACGGCUUUCUCGGUACACCUGCCUUGCGCUCCCUAUACCACAUAAAAGAACACGCGUGAAAGCGGCGCAACGCCGCGGACGAAGACUGCGGUGCGUCACCCGCGACCUUUCCACUUCACGUCCCAGCGGCAGCGAUGGAGGCUCCGCUGGCUGAGUUCAAGGCGGGGAAACUCACACGUAGCGGCGCGACGCUGGCGCCAGACCCGCGCAAAGGCUUAGUUCGGCUGUGCCAGACGGAGGACACCCUGGUUCACGUGCAAUGGUACGAGCGUACGGCGGAGGGUCGGGCCGCGGAGCCGGUGGAUGACGUCAUUGUGUUCCCAGGGGAGGCCAUGCUGGAGAAGAUCCCCGGCCAGCGCGCGGUGGUGCUCAAGUUCCCCGAGGACAAAGAGCGCAACAUGUUCUUCUGGCUGCAGGAGGGCGGGGCCGCGGAGGAUGACGAGGCGCUUGUGGCGGCAUUCAACACAGCCCUGCACCAACCAGAGGAGGCGGCGGCCGCGGCGCUGACGGCUGCGGCGGCCUCUGCGGCGGCGGCCGUGACGGCCACCGGCGUGACGGCUUCUGACGCUCUGGAGCACGCCCACAUGUCCACCUCGCCGGGUGCAGGUGUGAUGAUGGGGCAGGGCAGCAGUGUGGGGCAGAUGCCGGCGGCUCCGGCGCAGACACCUGGCAGCACCGCCGCCGUGAACGCGCAGGCCACCAACCUAGCUGCCAUUCUGGGCAACGCCCUGGCCGCCAGCCUGGGGGGCGGCGCCGCCCCGGCCUACUCCGGCGGCGGCGAGGAGCAGCUGGCGCACAGCCUGCUUGCGCAGCUGGCGGCAGCACAGGGCAACCGGCGGCGCGCCGUGGCGGCCCCCGGUCCCAGCCUGGCCGAGGUCCUGCGGCCCGAGGCGCUCAUGCCUGUGCUGCGCGACCCCAGCGUGCUGGCGGAGCUGGCGCCGCACCUGCCGGAGCAGCACAGGACCAUGGAGGCACUGGAGGCGCUGGCGCACUCGCCGCAGUUCCAGCAGCAGCUGUCCACCUUCAGCGACGCGCUGCAGACCGGGCAGCUGGACCUCAGCCAGUUCGGGCUGCGCGCGGCGGGCUACUCCGUGGCGGACUUCCUGGCCGCCAUCCAAGACCUGGUGGAGCGAGAGCGGCAGGAGCAGGCGGCGGCGUCUGGCGGGGACGAUGCGGGGGAGCAGCCGGGGCAGCAGGGCGGGCAGUCCGGGGCGGGCGGGGGCUCAGCACCCAUGGAGCAGUAGGCGGCGCGGGCGAACGACGCUGGGGUGCGGGGCAGGGGCAGCUGGGGUUGGUGUUGUUUGCAAGCCGGAUGUAGGAUGCGUGGGAGGGUUUGAGGGCGGGCGGAUUGGAGUGGCGAGAGAGGCACGGUAGUUGACGGCGGCGGGAGUGUUGUCAGGGCCGCGGCAUUGUGCGUGUGGCUUAACCAGAGCCAAACCCUUAACCAGCGGGCCGCAACUGUCACGUACAAUCGGAGUAACGGACGGGUUUUCCACAUACCGAGUGUGGCCCUUCGGGCCUGUUAAAGGUUGAUUCGCAAAAUGCGUGCUCGUUACUCUGCCGACGCAUUGGGACAUCUGUAGGUCACAUCUACAGGGCACGCCCUAGGGAGCAGGACUAGAGGCAACGGGCCAGCGAAGUCAAGGGGGCCGUGGGGUUGCAGACGUCGCAAAUGCAUGACGUUGCCGCUACUCGAGCAAACAACGAAUACGGUUGCGUCCAUACAUGACUAAUGCCUAUUGUAU